GGCACGUGACAACAACACCACGAAAAGGAAAAGAAAUACGGCAAUCUGUGGAUGAUAGGUUACCAAUCUCGUCCAAGAGUCGCAUUGGGCUAUGCCCGAAACCUCGCAUUUCUCUUCCACCCGACGCGACGCAGCUGACAACCUCUUUGCUCAUCAGCAAGUUGCCCACCACCCACCCAGGCCAGGCUGCCUUCCCCUUUCGGAUGGUAGAGGCUCGGUUUGCACUUAUAACCGCCGGGGAGCAGAGAGGCGAAGUGCUCGCCGUCCUGCAGACAUGUAUAUAUGUCCGUAUGUAUGUUGUAUGUAUGUAUGUAUGUAUCAGGCGACGGUUGAAGUUCCGAGGCGCACGAAAUAGGGGUGUGGUUCGGCAUUUGAAGCAAUUUUCACCACGCGGGCGUUCCCACGUACCUGCACACGCCUGCGUACUAAUAUAUAUAUAUAUAGCAAUUUGUGCAUAUGUAUACACAUAUAUACUGACAUCCACCCAAGCAGCACAUGGGCCCCAAAAGGGAGAGGGAGAGGAAGGGGGAGUUAGGGGAGGCAUUCUCCCUUUUCCCGUCCAACUGAUCAAUCGGAUAUUAAUGGGUGCGUCUCGAAGUCGCAGCACGGAUCGACGGUCUUCCAUCGGAAGAAUGUAAUACGCUGUAGGAUAUUCAGGAUAUUCAAUGUGCCUAGUAUUACCGAUGUACAAAUUCAAGACACCGAUGAAGAGAGGGAUUCAUCGGAUUAAUACCAGUACGGAUGUUCUCUAUACCUAUAGGUAAGUACAUUGGUUAUGUACAUGGGUUAUGUACCUAAUGCAGGUAUACACCUAUGCGGACGCAUUAGCAACGUCGAACCGCUGUGCGUUUUGGUGGCGGUUCCUUUCGUGGCCUCGCUGCCUUAAUCGUAAGGCACGCAAGACGAGUUGAAAGGUAAACCU